AAAAAUAGUCAAAAACUCACGAAAUUGAUUUGCAGGGAGCAGACUUGGUCGGCAGCUCCAAAUCCAUUUCGAGUCCUCCUCUUCUUUCCUCUCGGUGGUGGAGAGCGUUGUCUUCAGAACCCAAUUCAGCAAAGAGCCGUCUCAGACUAAUCGCUAGAUUGAAGUAACAAUGGAUCCUCGCCUCUGGCACAAAGUUGCUGCUGUCUCUGGGAUCGCUGCUCUUGGAUUGGGCACCUAUGGAGCUCACGUCUUCAAGCCCAGCAACCCCAGCUAUAAAGAUGUCUGGCAUACAGCGUCUCUCUACCAUUUGGUUCACACAGCAGCCUUGCUUGGCGCUCCUUUCACAAAACACCCUAACAUUUUUGGAGGUCUUUUGACAACUGGAAUUUUGGCAUUUUCUGGAACAUGUGGAUGUGAAUGGGAGGCAAUGUCGUAUAAAGUAAUGAGAUGCAAUGAAGAUUGUCAAGAGAGGAGAACGAGGUAAUCUUUGGCAUUUUUCUUAAAAUAAUAGUAAUGAUCUAUGUAAUGGUAAUGAUUGCGUUGUAACAGUUGCGGUCAUCAUGGACGUUAGGUAACAUACAAUGGGUAACGGGUGACUCACUCUAAAAAUGAGCAGUUCGGAAGCUAUCUCAACUAUAGGAGUUCUGUCGUGUAAUACUUAGCCCAAGGUCCAGAUCGUCUCCUCAGGGAAUGCAGUUUAAUCUCAAAUUUUGCAUAAUUCCAAUCAGAAAAUAAGAAACAAAAAAAUCACAGAACAUAGUUCAGAUUCGGUUUCUUGAUGUUUUGAGAUUUUUUUUUUUUUUGCAAUAAAACUUAAAGAAAGUAAACCCUAACUAAAAAUUAAAUACACGUGGGACAACUAAAUGAAAGUUAGACUUAAUACCAGAAUAUUAAAGUAAAUAAACCUGCAACCAUUCAACUAACCAAACAAGAAUAACUAUGCUAAUCAAUGAUGAAAAUCCAACCAAUUAAAAAUACCAGAUUUUAUUUCAAGAUCAACCAGACCUAAAAUCUAAUAGAUUACUAAAUAAAAAUACUGACUUUAUUAACAAAAUUACCUAAAGACAAUCUUUAAAUACCUGCAAAGAUCUUUUUGAACAAAAGAACAAAAAACAAAAUAACUUAAUAACUCAAAUAAAAAUUAAAGAGACACUUUAAUACUGUAAAUAAAAACUAAGUAAGAUUUGAAGCAAAAAGAGUAAUGAGAUGAGAGAAGAGAGAAGAGAGAAAGAGAGAUUAAAAUAAAACUACUAAAUAAUUUUAAAUAACAAAGCAGCAAACUGACUCUUUGAUUUUUAACAAAAUAGAUCCCAACACUUAUUUAAAAUUCAAAUAAAGAAAAGAAAAUAAUAAGGAAGAGAGAUAUAUAUGAGAGAAGAUAAAGAAAGAGAGAGAUGAGAGACUGCCGCCGGAUGAACGCCGGAGAAGUUGAGACACAGAGAGAUGCAGCCGCAAAUGGGAGAGAAGGGGCAGCAGCCAGCAACGUCUUCUCGGUUUGCAGCAAGUUGGAGAAGCAGCAGCAGAGGAGUGGGGAGCUUGGGCCUUCACAGGCUUCAGCAGAACAGGGCAGCAGGAUGGCUUUGGGUACCUCCUUCAGCAGCAGCGGCUAUGGGACUUCGGCUUGGAGGACAGCAGCUGCAGCAGCUGCAGCAGGUACACGCAGUAGUAGCAGCUCUCAGUUGAAGGCAGCAGUGAAGGAGCAGCGAUGGCUAUGGCUUUGGGUCUGAGGGUGUUGAAACAGGGCAGCAACAGAGAGUUCACAGACAGAGGAAUCAAGAGAAAGGGCAGCAGGGCAGUGGCAAUGGAGCAGUGUAGGAGGAGCUUCUGCUGGAGUGGUUCUCGGGUUGCAGCAAGGGUACGCAGCAGCAGGGAGAGAGCAGACUGAGAGGGAGAGAAGAGAAGAAGAGAAAAAGGAAAGUUAAGAGAGAAGAUUGGAGAGAAGAGGAAGAGAGCAGGGAGCAUGAGAGAGGUAGCUGGGAGGAAGGGAAAAGGAGAAGAAGAAGAGGAGAGACGGCCAAGAGAAUCAGGCAGAGAGGGAGAUUGCUGAGGGAGAGAAAGGAAAGGAGAGGGGGCUCGGGGUUCCUCUUGCUGGAGAAGAAAAGAACAACAUUUAAAGGGAGUGAGAGGGGGUAGCCCUACCCAACGCAUGGAGGACCCGGACCUGGCUGCAUGGCCGGGUCACAUCAGCAUAUUAUAUAUAUAUUUUCUUUUCUUUUUCCUUAUUUCUUCUUUUUGUUUCCCAGCAAACAUGGGCAAUUUUGACCAUCUUAGAGCUCGUAUCUCUCAAAGCUUAAAACACGAAAGUUGUAGGACACUUUCUCAGCGUUCUCUAGAAUUUUGAAUCGUUUCGAUCGGAGUUUGAAUGAGAAAAUUACGUACAAAUUACGAAGC